CAACACUGAUGUUAGAUAUCCGACCAAUAACACAAUAUAAACAUCAAUGAAGACGACUCCUCUACCAUGUGGUCAUUAAAGCGGAACUCACCUGACGUCACUUCCGGCUGCAUAACCCCUCACAACAACCGUGAAACCGACUUUGAGACUUCCACAUUUAAUAUGUCGACUGACAACUCUGAAGACGAGGCUGUUUCAAGUGACUUUGAAAAUGAACUUGAAGAACUCUUUAAGCAUCGUUACACAGAUGAAGACAAGGAAUAUCAAGAAGUUGUGGCACAGGAAACUGCCCCGCCGCCAGCCGUAAUCCCAUGGCACACCAAGUCCAAGAGAAACUACGAUUGGUCAGGGUAUCAUGGUCGUGAUCGUAGAGGAUGGCACGGUGGGCGUGGUGGUGGUGGUGGUGGCGGCGGCGGCUACAGAGAUCGUGGCUAUCAUGAUCGAGAUGGAGGUUAUUAUGAUCGCAACAGUGGUUACCGCAAUUACCAUAAUCGCAAUGAUGGCUACCAUUAUCGUGACCGCAGUAGUGGCUAUCACAACUAUGGUGGUAGUGGUGGUGGCUACCAUGGCGGCGGUGGUGGUGGAGGAUACCAUGGUGGAAGGAAUCACGGUGGGGGUGGGGGUUAUCGUGGUGGCUAUCAAAAUAAUUACCAAGGACGUCCAUAUUACAAUAGAGACCGAUACAAUCCAUACCAGAGGAAUUAACUUUGGGUCAUUGGUAUCUGGUGGUGCUCCAGUCUAAUAAAAGACAGGGCUGAGGGGGAAGUAUUGUUAAAUCCUUUACUUGGUUAACUUUCAAAUGAAAUAUGAAUGAAUUUCCUAUUUUUCAGUCCAUUGCAGAAAGACAAAAAAAAAGGUUAACCACCAUUAUUCAUCGUUUUAAAUUUGAUCAUUAUCUUUUUUUUUAAACAUUGGUUUUUGGAAAAAUAAAAUUAAAAAUAACAAAAUGUA